GGGGGGCUGAAAGGGAAGCCGUAACUUCUCAGUUGUAGCGGUAGGAAAGGAACGCAUGUGCAUAAGAAUGUUGGUUUAUUAUUACAUAAGAGCACAAUAACGGAAAGGGUAGGGAUACACAACACACCUGCGUUUCCGAAACAAGCACCACUUGGCAUUUGAAGGCGCGCAUGCACAGGCAAGCGAGAACGACGUGUGCGUAGGUUGUAAAUUCGUGAUGACGUUGCAGGCUUUGCAGUAGACAGCUGUAGGCGGGGUCCUUCCGCAAUGGGAGAGUAGCACGUGGGGGAGAAACAGCAACCGGCUGGAGGCUCAGGUCACCAUGCCCACUCUCUACCUUUCCCCGCAUCCUGACAACUUCCAGAAUCUCCGUGUUCUGAUUGCAGCCCGCUAUGGCCGGCAGGAGCCCAAGGUGGUUGGGCUACCUCCCGACACAGAGUUGGGGAAUCCUUCCUUCUCCCUGCCCAAACUCCCAGCUCUGGAGACCCAGACGGGCACCUGUCUCUCUGGGCCAGCGGCUGUUUCUUAUCUGCUGUGCCCAGAUGCCAUGAGAGGGCAAAGCCCUGAAGCCGGUGCCCUGGUGCAGCAGUGGAUCAGUUAUGCCGACUUGGAAAUUGCUCCUGCAGCCUGCACAGCAGCUUUCUCCAUGCUUGGGAUCUGUGAGCAAAGUAAACAGGUGACAGAUCGUGCUGUGGCAGAGCUCCAGAGUCUCCUUGCGGUGCUGGACAGUCACUUGAAGAUGUGGACAUACCUGGUGGGGGAGGCUGUGACACUGGCCGAUGUGACAGUUGCUUGUUCUCUGCUGUUGCCAUAUAAAUAUGUCCUAGACCCAGCUCUUCGUACGUCUUACACCAACGUCACCCGUUGGUUCCUGACCUGCAUCAACCAGCCAGAAUUUCAAGCUGUUCUGGGUCCGGUGAAGCUCUGUGAGCAGGCACCUGAUAUGGGCACCCCAAAAUCAAAUCUCAGAGAAUUGACUGCGGACCCUGAGACACAGUUGUCAGAGCAGAGGGAGGUAAUGGAGCCUCCCAAAAGUGCAUCCCAACUAAAGAAAGAGGCCAAAAAGAAAGAAAAACUGGAGAAGUUUCAGCAGAAGAAGGAAAAGGGCCAGCAGCAACAACAGGGGGAGAAGAAGCCAAAAGCAGAGAAGAAGGAUCUAGGAGUCAUAACCUACGACAUCCCAACCCGGCCAGGAGAGAAAAAAGUCGUGAGCGGCCCAAUGCCGGACUCCUACAGCCCUCAGUUUGUCGAAGCCGCCUGGUACCAGUGGUGGGAGAGCCAGGGUUUUUUCAAACCACAGUAUGGGCGCUGCAGUGUCUCUGAGCCUAACCCCAAAGGGAUGUUCAUGAUGUGUAUCCCUCCGCCCAACGUCACUGGAUCCCUGCAUCUUGGCCAUGCCCUCACCAACGCCAUCCAGGACUCUCUGACCCGAUGGCACCGGAUGAACGGGGAGACCACCCUGUGGAACCCUGGCUGUGACCACGCUGGCAUUGCCACGCAAGUGGUGGUGGAGAAGAAGCUUUGGAAGGAGCAAGGGAAGACCCGGCAUGACCUCGGCCGUGAGCAGUUCGUUGAGGCAAUCUGGAAGUGGAAAAACGAAAAAGGUGAUCGGAUCUACCACCAGCUGAAGAAACUGGGUUCCUCGAUGGACUGGGACAGAGCUUGUUUUACUAUGGAUCCGAAACUCUCCAACACCGUCCAAGAGGCUUUUAUCCGGCUGCACGAGGAAGGGGUCAUCUAUCGGAGCACGCGCCUUGUCAACUGGUCCUGCGCCCUCAACUCGGCCAUCUCUGACAUAGAGGUGGAUAAAAAGGAGCUAACGGGGCGAACGCUCUUGCCCGUCCCCAGCUACAAGAACAAGAUUGAGUUUGGGGUGCUGGUCUUCUUCGCAUAUAAGAUCGAAGGCUCAGGCGAGGAAGUGGUGGUGGCUACGACCCGUGUCGAGACGAUGCUGGGGGACACAGCAGUUGCCGUUCAUCCCCAGGAUCCCCGGUACAAACAUCUUCAUGGCCGGAGUAUCCUGCAUCCCUUCACCGCUAAGCGCUUGCCUAUAGUUUGCGAUGACUUUGUAGACAUGGAGUUUGGAACAGGUGCCGUGAAAAUCACCCCAGCCCACGAUCCAAAUGACUACGAGGUUGGCCUGCGCCAUGGGCUCGACUUCAUCACCAUCAUUGAUGAGACUGGCUGCCUCAUCAACGUGCCUCCCAUCUUAUGGGGUAUGAAGCGGUUUGAUGCCCGUCGAGUUGUGCUGCAACUUUUGAAGGAUGCGGGGCUCUUGAGGGAGGUAAAGGACCAUCCCAUGGUGGUACCAAUCUGCAGCCGCUCCAAAGAUGUGGUGGAGCCACUACUGAAGCCCCAGUGGUACGUGCGCUGUGACACCAUGGCACGAGGAGCGGCCGAGGCAGUGCGCCGAGGAGACCUGCGCAUCGUGCCAGACUUCCACCUCAAAACUUGGUUCAACUGGUUGGACAAUAUCAGGGAUUGGUGCAUUUCUCGGCAGCUCUGGUGGGGCCAUCGCAUCCCAGCAUAUUUUGUGACUGUUCAUGACCCCUCUGUGCCACCAGGAGAGGAUACGGAUGGUAGAUACUGGAUAAGUGGCCGAAGUGAGCAAGAGGUCAAAGAGAAAGCAGCCAAAGUAUUCAAGGUGUCUCCAAACAAAAUCUCCCUUCGGCAAGAUGAGGAUGUCUUAGACACCUGGUUCUCAUCUGGCCUGUUUCCUUUCUCCAUCUUUGGGUGGCCAAACCCUAGUGAAGAUCUCCAAAUCUUUUACCCUGGGACUCUCCUGGAGACUGGGCACGAUAUUCUCUUCUUCUGGGUGGCCCGCAUGGUCAUGUUGGGCCUCAAGCUUACAGGGAAGUUGCCAUUCAGAGAGGUUUACCUUCAUGCUGUGGUCCGGGAUGCUCACGGCAGGAAGAUGAGCAAAUCGCUGGGAAACGUGAUCGAUCCAUUGGACGUUAUUACUGGCAUUACUCUGGAGGGCUUACAUGCUCAGUUGCUUGACAGCAAUUUGGACCCAGCUGAGAUAGAGCGAGCGAAACAAGGACAGAAAUCGGAUUACCCCAAUGGGAUCCCAGAAUGUGGGACAGAUGCACUCCGGUUUGCUCUUUGCGCUUACACAUCUCAAGGCCGGGAUAUAAACUUGGAUGUGAACCGAAUCCUGGGCUACCGACAUUUCUGCAAUAAGCUGUGGAACGCGACCAAAUUUGCCAUCCGUGGCCUUGGGGAUGGAUUCCAGCCACAGCCCAGCCCAGAGCCCAGCGGCUCUGAGAGCCUCAUUGACCUUUGGAUCCUGAGUCGCCUGAGCAAUGCUGUGGAGUUAUGUGAUGCAGGAUUCCGGGCCUAUGACUUCCCUGGCAUCACCACAGCAGUCUAUAACUUCUGGCUCUAUGAGCUCUGCGAUGUCUACUUGGAGUGCUUGAAGCCUGUGUUUGCCAGUCCAGAUGAGGCUGCGAUCCAGACAGCCCGGAAUGUUCUCUACACCUGCUUGGAUGCCGGACUUCGUCUUCUCAGCCCUUUCAUGCCUUUUGUCACGGAGGAGCUGUUCCAGCGGUUGCUCCGACGGUCUCACUCUGACCCUCCCAGCAUCUGUGUCACCUCUUACCCCACCACAGGACAGUACUGCUGGAGGGACGAGGGCUUGGACCACACCGUUGACUUCAUGUUGAGCAUUAUUAGGGCUGUUCGAUCGCUCCGAGCAGACUACAACCUCACCAAGACCAAAGCUGACUGUUACUUGCAGUGCCUGGAUUCCAAGACGGUAGAGGCUGUGACUCGUUGCUCAGAAUACAUCCGGACUCUCAGCUCCUCCAAGCAAAUGCUGGUCCUGGAGCCUGGGCGGGUGCCCCCUUCUGGUUGUGCUGUAGCUAUUGCUUCUGAUAAAUGCACUGUCCACCUUCUGCUCAAGGGCUUGAUUGACGCUGAGAAGGAGAUCUCUAAGCUGGCAGGCAAAAAAGCAGAGCUGCAUAAACAAAUUCUCCGGCUGCAUGAGCGCAUGGGCAGCCCAGACUAUGCAGCUAAGGUGCCUGCCAAAGUCCAGGAGGCAGACGCAGCCAAGCUGAAACAAAGCAAGACUGAAUUGCAGAAGUCGGAAGAAGCUAUUGAGCACUUCAGGAAGAUGAUCUGACACAAAGAAAGGGUUGUGUGGGACUCUUGGCGUUUGUUUGUCCUGAGGUUGGGGGGGGGGUAAGUGGGAAGAGGAAAGGAUUUAAAGAAAGUCCUUUUCACUCGAGAAAAGAAGACCUCCUGCCUUGAGUUUGGCUAUCCUUGGUUUAUUCUAUUUUCUGGAGAGACAUUAAAAUAUUUUGCUGAAUUAGAA